UCCAUUGCCUCCCGCGGACUUUUUCCCGUCUAUAUAUCUUCACCCCUACCCACCCUUCUGCGUCUUCCCCCUCUCCUCUUUCUCUCCGCUGCCAGUUUCCCCAUCCUCUUUUCUCGGGUCUCGAACAUGGAAGACUUUCGAACUUUGGUGGAGUCGUUGAAGAGCCGUUUGUGGGAUAGUGAUGUCGCUGCAAUUGCUACUAACUCAACCAAGGAUUUUGAUAUUCUGCUCGGCGAUAUCCAACACCACACCGCCGCCCGGCUCUUGUACACCAGGCCUCUCGACCAGCCUCUCACUCGGCGAGAUUACCAAAGUGCUAAAGCAUUUUUGAUCCGUAUUUACGACGACGAAGGGGUCGAGAGGAAAUGGGGUGAGAAGGUCGGUUACUUCAAGCAGCUAAACCCCGAAUCACUUGCCGUGGCCGUAAUUCUCUGGAAUGGAGACAAGGCCCUUCGCCAUGCAACUGAAACCAUCCGGGCCCUUUGUCAAGGGGCCGAGAAGAUCUCGAAGUGGUCACCUUGGCCUCGCGACGAAAGGCUGAAAACGCUCGUCCAAAGGUAUCAACAACAGGCCGCGCCAUCCACUGUUGCCUCCUCGGCCGGCCCAAACUCCAUUGGGACCAUCUGACCUGAUGAGCAGCGCGCCUCAGAACCCACAAACUUCAACCGCGCCCACUACGUCUUAUGAUCGGACACACCAGCCCGUUACCGGCGGUCCCUUGCCACUGCCGCCAGUGGCAAAUCCCGCCGCCCCUCCCAGCCCUCUGCCAGCGAUAGAAGAAACUUCGCAUGUGGUCCGGGGCCGGCAAACGUCGGGCAACCAGAGGAAAGGACGGAGAGAAGACCAGGUGGGAGGCGUU